AUGUCGGGAAAUCUCGGUUUGCGAGUUCUAGCCAGUUCAACUUAUGAAGAUAUUACUCUCCAACUUGUUAAAGACGAAGAGUCUUAUUACGUUAAAUUCAUGUACAUGCUUGAAGCUUUCAAAGUUCCGGACUUGAAUGAAAUUUUAAACCUUCGGGAUGAUUCAACAGUCCCACCAAAUUGUUUUAUUCUUUUUAGAAAAGAAAUACAAUUAUGCGUCUCAAAUAUCGGUCUACGCAUCAGACGAGGUGCUUUAUCAAAACAUAUAAGGAAAGAUUUAAGAAAAAGCGAGCCGAAUUUAGUGGAUUCGUUUAAGGAGACUGCGAAUACUGCGGCAAGGAUUUUCAAUGACAGAAAUUUACGAAUUAGAAUUUUCGAUAGCUCUCACAUAGAAUAA